AAAAGAGUGAGACUGCAUCUCAAAAAAAAAAAAAAAAAGAAAAAAAAGACAUCAUUGGGACAGCUUUCAGGUUGGUAGACACAUUGAUGUGCUGGGAAGGUGGUAUCACUCAAGAGGGAAAGCUUUACCCAUCCCUGCCCUUUCCCUUGCUGAAUACCCUUUAUAACAAACUAGUAACCUUAAGUGUUUUGCUGAGUUUCAUGAGUUGUUUUAGCCAAUUAUUGAACCAGAGGCUGGUGCUGUUGUAUUUAUACUGAGUUGGUUAAAAGGUUAGUUCCUGGGGCUUGCAAAUGGCAUCUGCAGUAGGGGCCUGUUGUGGGACUGAGCCCUUCAGUAAGAAACUUAUGGGAUCUGUGUUAAUUCUGUGUGGUGUAAGAAUUGAAUUAUUGGACACCCAGUUGUUGCUGGAGAAUUGAUUGGCGUUCAACAAAUGGCACACCUUUGUUAUCAGAAGUCAGAGGCACCACAGGACUCAGUGGCUUUUGAGGAUGUGGCUGUGAACUUUACACAAGAGGAGUGGGCUUUGCUGGGUCCAUCACAGAAGAGUCUCUACAGAAAUGUAAUGCAGGAAACCAUUAGGAACCUGGACUGCAUAGAAAUGAAAUGGGAGGACCAGAACAUUGAAGAUCAGUGCCAAAAUCCCAGGAGAAAUCUAAGAAGUCAUACAUGUGAAGUUAUUGAUGAUAGUCAAUGUGGAGAAACUUUUAGCCAGAUUCCAGAGAGUCUUGUGAACAAAAACACUCCUGGAGUAAAUCCAUGUGACAGCAGUGAGUGUGGAGAAGUCGUCAUGGGUCAUUCAUCUCUUAAUUGCAGUGUCAGAAUUGACACUGGCCACAAAUCAUGGGAGCAUCAAGAAUAUGGAGAGAAGCCAUAUACACAUAAACAAUGUGGGAAAGCCAAUAGUCAUCAGCACUGCUUUCAGACACAUGAAAGGCCUCCCACUGGAAAGAAACCCUUCGAUUGUAAAGAAUGUACAAAAACUUUCAGUUCUCUUGGAAACCUUCGAAGACACAUGGCAGCACACCAUGGAGAUGGACCUUAUAAAUGUAAGUUAUGUGGGAAAGCCUUUGUUUGGCCCAGUUUAUUUCAUUUGCAUGAAAGAACUCACACUGGAGAGAAACCGUAUGAAUGUAAGCAGUGUUCUAAAGCCUUUCCUUUUUAUAGUUCCUAUCUAAGACAUGAGAGAAUACACACGGGAGAGAAAGCAUAUGAAUGUAAGCAGUGUUCCAAAGCCUUCCCUGAUUACAGUACCUAUCUAAGACAUGAAAGAACUCACACGGGAGAGAAACCCUAUAAAUGUACACAAUGUGGGAAAGCCUUCAGCUGUUACUAUUACACUCGACUACAUGAAAGGACUCACACUGGAGAACAACCCUAUGCAUGUAAGCAAUGUGGCAAAACAUUUUAUCAUCACACAAGCUUUCGAAGACACAUGAUAAGGCACACUGGAGAUGGACCACAUAAAUGUAAGAUAUGUGGGAAAGGUUUUGAUUGUCCUAGUUCAGUUCGAAAUCAUGAAACUACUCACACUGGAGAGAAACCCUAUGAAUGUAAGCAGUGUGGGAAAGUGUUAUCUCAUAGCUCCAGCUUUCGAAGUCACAUGAUAACACACACAGGAGAUGGACCCCAGAAAUGCAAGAUAUGUGGAAAAGCCUUUGGUUGUCCCAGCUUAUUUCAAAGACAUGAAAGGACUCACACUGGAGAGAAACCCUAUACAUGUAAACAAUGUGGGAAAGCCUUCAGUCUUUCCGGUUCCCUUCGAAGACAUGAAGCAACUCACAGUGGAGUGAAACCCUAUAAAUGUAAAUGUGGGAAAGCCUUUAGUGAUCUCUCUUCCUUUCAAAAUCAUGAAACAACUCACACUGGAGAGAAGCCAUAUGAAUGUAAGGAAUGUGGGAAAGCGUUCAGUUGUUUCAAAUACCUUUCUCAACAUAAAAGGACCCACACAGUAGAAAAACCUUAUGAGUGUAAAACAUGUAGGAAAGCCUUUGGUCAUUUCAGUAACUUAAAAGUCCAUGAAAGAAUUCACUCUGGAGAGAAGCCAUAUGAAUGUAAGGAAUGUGGGAAAGCAUUCUCUUGGCUCACUUGCCUUCUAAGACAUGAAAGAAUCCACACUGGAGAGAAACCCUAUGAAUGUCAGCAAUGUGGUAAAUCCUUCACUCGUUCCCGUUUCCUUCGAGGACAUGAAAAAACUCACACUGGAGAGAAGCUGUAUGAAUGUAAGGAAUGUGGGAAGGCAUUGAGCUCUCUGCGUUCCUUGUAUAGACAUAAAAGGACUCACUGGAAAGAUUCUCUGUAAAUGUAUGGAAUGUGGGAAGACUUAUUCAGUACUUGUAUUUAAUUUCAGAAACUUGAAAGAACUCACUUUGGAGACAGACCUCAUGAAUGUAAAGAUGUGAUAAAGCCUUAAGUAGUUUCAAUUUUUUAAGUACAGUUAUCCGCCAAUAUACACAGGGGAUUGGUUCCAGCACCCCCUAAAUCCACAGUUGCCCAGUCCUUUCUUAUAUGGCAUAUUUGCAUGUAACCUAUCACAUCCUCAUGUAUACGGUGUAAAUCAUCUCUAGAUUACUGUUAAUACCUCAUGCAUUGUAAAAGCUAUGUAAAUAGUUGUUUGAUUGUAUUGUUUAGAGAUUCAUGACAAGAAAAAUAGUCUCUAUGUGUUCAAUGCAGACAGAGCCAUUGCAGGCCCACCUACAUAGUAUAUGCCACCCAGAACAUUAAAAUUUCUGUGUUUUAAUAUUCACAGAUUGCUUUUGUUUUGUGACCUGAGUGAGCAUGUCAACACUCAUCAAAAUCCUGCUUCUCUCUUGAUAACCCAUGUAUAAUUAUGGUGAUGAUGACUGCUGUAUGGUGCCUAACAUUGUCAUGUGUUGUAGCAUUAUAGAUAAGCAGUGAGACAUCAGGCUAACUUGAAUCUUGACAGAAUGUCAGGAUGAUCAUCAAUGCUGGAAGAACUAGGUUCUGACUGCAGUUGUUGACUUGUUGGAGGGGACUAAAUAAUACUAAUGUUGUGAUCUGUUCAGCCUCAGGGCUGCAGAUCCUUAACCAUGGAAGGUUCUGUGUUUAUAUUUGCAGGUGCUUAGUGAGAAAUAUAGGAAGCUAGUUUUUCUUUCUUUUUUUUUUUUUUCUUUUUUUGAGUCAUCAAAAAGAUCUUGCAGUGUUUGUUGGCAUGUUAUUCCAUGGUGACAUGGAGGCUUUGUUCCAUCAAAGGAUCUUACUUAAGGAUGAUAAACUUUCUUAACACUUUUGCCUGUUGAAAAA